AUGCACAAAAUUCACUAUUCUCAUCAAUAAUCUCCUUCUAAUACUCCAGGUUAGAGUUCAUCCCCUUCAUAGAAGACAUAAUUAGUACUCAAAUAAACAAAUAGAACUAUAACUUCAUAAGCAGAGAAUACAGUUUGUUACAAAAAGAAAAGCAAAACAACAAUGAAUGCAGAGAUUGAAUUGAAAAAACAACUACAAGUGCAGAGUCAACAAUACAAGGAAUUAGCUUUAAAAUAUGAAUUAUCAAUUUAGGAAAUUUAAAAGUACCAAAUGAUGAUUGAACGCAACAAUUAAAAGAGAAAUCAUGAGAAAUAACAACUACUAUCUGAAAUUUCUAUGUUAAAGAAACAAUUAGAAUAACGUAGUAAAUCUCAAAUAGAUUUGCAUGAGAAUGGAAUUCUUGGACAUUUAGUUAAUGAGGUAAAUCAAAAGGCCAUUUUGAUGGAAUUAUCUGAAUAUAAGGAUAAGUGCAAACAACUCUUAAACGAAUUGGAUACUAAGAAUCUUCAGUUAGAUUAUGUAACAAAGAAACUAAUAAAUACUCCCUCUUGUUAAGAAUUGAUUAAUUAAGUGCAGGAACUAACAAAAAAGUUGAAUGAGUAAGAAAGCAAACUACUUUAAUAUGAGAUGCAAUUAGAGAAGCAGCAAGCAAAUAAUAAUAAAUCUAAGUUUUUAUUUAGGGGAGCAGAAUACUUCAAUAAAAAGAUUUUAGAUACUGAUAUUUUUAGUUCUUCAAGCAAUAUACAAUCGACAAUGUCAAAUCAGAAUGAAAACUCCUCUUAGGGAUUGUCAAGUUAUAUAAAGUUAUGA